GGAGGUUCUUCAAAGAUAAAUUCAUGAAAAAUCCAUCUUUUAAGCAUCAAAAUAAUUUGAGCACAUGAUUUUGGAGCAUCACAUCAUCCAUUUUCUCCAAGCAUUACACCAUUCACUUUUUCUUCAAGCUUCAUGGCAUUUGCAUUCUUUUCAAAGGAAUGAUAUUUCCCAUGAAUGCCAAUUUAGUGUUCGCAAUGGUGAAUCAUCAAAAAAAAAAAAAAAAAAAUUCAUGUUCUAGGAUACAAUUUCACACACAUUACCACUUGUCAGCAUAUUUAUAUUCUUGUAUCCUUUAUCUCUCAUUUCCCAUCAAUGUUUAUUUCUUUUCUUGCAUUCCCAAAAAUGCAUGCUUUAGGAUACAACUCUACACACAUUAUCACUUUAGAGCAUAUGUAUCUUCCUGCAUCCUUUAUCUAUUGUUUGGCAUCCAUGCUUAUUUCUUUUCUUGCACUCCCAUAAUCUUGUUUGAUUCUCUGCCUUUGAUAAUUGAAAUAUGGAUUCAUACCUGGUCAAGCGCGAUUUUUCGUCGAUCAAGACCUUUUGAAAUAUUCAUCCAUGGAGAAGGUUUUGACCAACAGAGGAUUGAGGAGAUCUUUAACUACAAGCAUUUUUCUCCAUCGUGGACAAUUGCCAAGUCCAAGGGGCAAGCUUAGAAGAUCAAAAGCUCGAAGAUCAAAAGCUCAAGCACAUCGCACUUUAUAUGGCUCUAGCAAUCAAGGGAUUCUCCAAGGAAAGGAAUGCGACUACUCAUUGAACAAUCAUACUUUGAGAGAUCUAGGAGUCAGAUUUUGCUAGGAACUUGAAUGCUACCAUGUUGAUGUACUUAGUGUGAUGUACUAGGCUUUUGCUUUGUAAUGAAUGACCAUCUUUGUAAUGCAUGUUGAAUUGCUUGUAGGUUUCAUAAACUACUUCAAGAACAAAAAACAAAAAAAAUCAGGCAUGAUAGUCUCCCUAUGUUUUCUCACUCUUUGGAGCAAUGCAUCAUCCAUCUAGAAGGCAACCUUUAACAUACUCUUAUAAGCUCACCAAGAUAUGAUGUUGAAGUGGACUUACACGCGAGACAUGUGGAUCUAGAUUCAAUGAAUGAGGGGGCAAAUC